CGAUAAUCGGAUGUUCUGAUGAUUAGAUAUAUACCAUCAGAUUAGACUGUAAUUUGUACAUUGAUGAAGUUUAAUAAUUCGUCGUACUUAUCGGGAAAAUAAGGCUGGAAGUGAGGCCGCACCGCCUCUACCGGUUUGCGUAAUAUUUGGACUUAUUUAGACAUUUUUUUUCGACAAUUGCAGUUCGAAGAAAUUUCUGUUGAAUAUGGAUAUGACAUUGAUAUACAAGGUUUUGGCGUUAUUAAUAGCCAUCAGCUGGAACGACCUGGAAGUGCUGGCGGAAAAGUCAAAAUGUGACACAUGUACCGCUAUCGUAAACAAUUUCGAGAAGGGGUUGAAAAAAACAGCAAAAUCCAAUUUCGGAGGAGGAAAUACUAAAUGGGAAGAAAGUCGUUUAGGAAGUUUUGCUACAAGUGAGACAAGACUUGUAGAAGUAAUGGAAGGUCUUUGUGAAGGUGAAGAUAAAAAUUGUCACACUAUACUUGAGGAAAAUGAAGAACUUAUAGAAAAAUACUGGUUCAGUUUUUAUGCCAAAGGAUCAGAUGAGGACAUGAAGAUGUGGCUGUGUAUAGUCAACAUGAAAGUUUGCUGUCCAGAAAAUACAUUUGGCCCCAACUGUAAAGAAUGUCCUGGGGGUAAAAAGCGGCCCUGUACAGGAAAUGGCAACUGUGAGGGAGGAGGCACACGAAAAGGCACGGGGAAAUGUAACUGUAACACAGGUUAUGAGGGAGAUUUAUGUGACAGUUGUAAAGAUGGAUAUUUUGAGGAAAUUAAAAAUGACACCCAUAUAGCUUGUAAAGGUUGUCACCGAUCCUGCCAGUCAACUUGUUGGGAGGAUGGGCCAAAGGGUUGUGAUGACUGUAAAACAGGAUACACACAAACAGAGGAAGAGGGAUGCCAAGAUAUUGAUGAAUGUUCAGCAGAAACGUCUCCAUGUGAGAAGGGAAAAUACUGUUCCAACUCUGAAGGAUCUUACUUUUGUACCUCUUGCCAUGAUUCUUGUAAUGGCUGCACAGGAUUUGGAGCAGAUAAAUGUAUAGAAUGUGAAGAAGGUUAUAGACUGGAAGAAAACAAAUGCCUAGAUAUAAAUGAAUGUACAGAGGAAGGAUCGACAGAUAUAUGUACAGGAGAACACAGAGUUUGUGUGAAUCAGGAAGGCUCAUUCUCUUGUGACUGUGAUAAAGACUAUAUUGAGGAGGAUGGACAGUGUAUCGUCAAACCACCAGAGCCACCUAAAACAAAAAAAUCCAGUAAGUCGACCAAGACUAAAACCUCAACAAAGAAAUCAAAAACGUCCAAAAAGAAACAAAAGCCUUCACUCAUUGUUUUGGGGAUUGUGAUAACAUUGUAUGGACUUCUUGGAAAACUUGCGAAUGGAAAUGUCAUUGUCGUUUCUGUUUUAACUGUCAUAGUCGGUGCUUACAUUUAUUGGUUUGCAAGCGAAUUUGAUAAAUUUUAAUGUUGUCCUAACUUAUGUGUUAAAAUUUAUUCCUUACUUAGGGAUAAAUAUGUACCUAUGUAGACUAUUUUUAUCUGGCAGUCAUUAUAAAAACUCAAAAUCUAGGGACUUGUUUCAUCAAUUAAUUUAGAUGUUAUUAAUAAUUAUUGUACAAGAUAGAGAUGUAUUUUUUGUCCGGUUUCGCCAUCACAAUCCCAUUUCUUAGACUGUAGCGUCACUCGUCUGCAUAUUUAUUUAUGCCUGUCUUUGAAAUAUGAAAUAAUUCAGUGGAAUUAAAUUCUUACAGUAAUUCAGUAUUCCCAUUUUCUUGGUUUUUUUUCCACAAAAUGUUCUAUUUUAAAUCUUGCAAUCAAGCAACUGUACCUUGAAUCUAUAAAUUAAGUCGAGCUUUAUAAUCACAGGAAUGGGAAGAUUGCUUCAGUAAUGUUCUGCUGUGACAAUGCCUUUGUAAUUUGCCACAGCGUUAUGUCUGAUUGUUAUUUGUCACCUUACAGCUAAGAAGGAGUUUCAAACAUGCAUGCCUCUAUAUUGGUCCCUUUUGGUUUCACGACUUCUCUUAUAGUUAUAGGUCAAUGACGGGGUCUGUUGCCCAAAUAAUUACUGACAUGUCCCAGUGGCUGGCUUUUGCCAUCCUGAUCUCGAAAUACCAUUGUUUCAUGUUUUGUUGUAUGGAAAUGUUAUUGCUCAAUAGUAAUUUUGGGUCAGUCGUUUUGAUAUGUGUUGGUUGUCUGUUUCUUUGUCAGUCAUCAGGUAAAUUUUGUAACACAACCUGUGUUUGAUCAGUAAUUGGCAAAAAAAAUUAAGAUGUUUAAAAUGACCAUUGAAGUCGAAUUUUUAGGUAUGAUUACAAGAUCCAAUGCCCAGAGAUAGACACUUACAGCUGUCCAAGGUUUGGAUUGUAGCUCCUGUAGGAGUGACAAGCAAAACAGAUAUUUUUUGCAAAACUUACUCCAUACUGAACAGAUUUUAGGAUAAUUGCUACAAGUAUGUUUUACUUAGUGCUCCUUAAAACAAAAAGAUAGAUGGGAGAGAUUUUUUCAAUGACAGUAAAUAAGAUAUGCUUACCUAAUAUGUACAUCAGAAAAUGUGAUGAUGGAUGUUGGAAUCUUUAUGAUUGAUUCGGAACAUUUUGCACUUUAUGUAUAUUCAUAUUGCACCAAACCUAGCCUUCUACAAUUUGUCUUUGGGUACUGUGGAGUUGAUUUGAAGUUAUGCUCAUGACUGUGACAAUACACAAAAACAAUUAAAUGUUGCACUUAGUAUAAUUGUGUAUAUUUAUUGUAUAGCAGAAUCACGAAAAUUCAUCAAUAUGAAAAUUGUUAUCAGUGUUAUUUUUUGUAAAGUUCCUUUGUUAAUAGUUGACUUGAAUUUCUCAUUUUUUAUCAUGAUUUAAGUCAGACUAUUUAUAAGAUAAUGAUAUCAUUACAGAAUACCGAAGUGUUCUAUUAUCUUCAGAGUGAUAUCACUUACCCUGUAUUAGUUGGAUAAUCUAGUGCAAUAUUUACGAGAUCGUCAUAGUGAGUUAAGUUGAACUUUUAAUAAAGAUAAUUUUGUAGAUCUAAAUGAAGCAGUUCCAAAGGUCAUUGCUCAUUUUAUGUUCCUGAAUGUAAGGUGAAAUUUGUUUUUAAUUGAGCUUUGCCUGAGACGUCGUGCCUAACUGGUUUAUAGACAGGAAAAUGUGAUUAGUAAACCACAUAUGGUACAUUCUGUAAGUUUAGUUAUGUGCACACCCUUGUAAUAUAAUCUGUAAUAUGUAUGUUAUAUACUGUAGUGCCAGUUUAUGUUUGUGUUUCAAGUUGAAGCUGUAAAACUUGAAAUUCAUUAUUAAGAAUCAUGUGCAAUAAGGUGUCUGUUUUCAGGAAAUCGUUAAUGACGAUAUUGAAAAAAAGUCUCUAAAAUACUAAAUUCUCUAGCCCUCUCUUGCGUAUUUAUUAAUAUUUCAACUUGGUUACCUUAGAGAAAGUGAGAACGAGGUUUGACUUAUUUAUAACAUCCACAUCCAUGAUGGCUUAAUUAAGAAAUUAUCAGAACUACCACAACAAAACGAUAAUUUUCAUUACUUCAGUCGAUCGCGGAUGGUUUGGUGAAUGGGAGGUGAUGCUAAAAUGAGAAAUUUUGGUGGAUUUACGGAAUUGGUACAAACGCAUUAAGGAAUUAUUUUCGAUCCUCUAUAAGGAAAAAUAAAAUCAUUAAACAACAUAAUGAUUCUGAUUAAGAACUUUAAUUUGGAAGUUAUGAUUGGGAUGACAAGACAAACACUUUGCGAAUUUCUAAUUCUUUUGAAUGGUAGCAUUUCCCUAAUGAAAACAAAUGAGAAAAGUUUGAUGAGUGGAAUUGUCGCUUAAUCACUGCCGUUACUGAAGUAAGGGAUUGAUUUUUUGUAAACACUAGCAUGUGAUGCCAUUGAUGUUGACAGUAAUUAGGUGUGUUCCUACUUUGAAACGGUUACUUAUGUAUCCCGAACGUGAGUCUGAUUUAGUUGUACAGUUCUUCAAAGAAUGGAGAGAUACUGAAUGAAAGGAAUGAUGUUCAUUAGGAAUUUUCCAGGUGUAUGCAUGCUGUCAGUUAGGUUCUAUUUUAUACUUUGUAUUAUGUAUCAAUCAGCAAUUUGUAUUUAUGAUUUUUUCUUUGUAGCUCCCUCCGAAACAGAAGAGGAAAUUUCUUCAGAAAAUGAUGAAAAAGAUGAAUUAUGAAUGGCCCAAGCAU